UUUACGGUGACAGGUUUUUGAAAAACAAAAGAAACUACUUGACUGUUCUGCUAGGCCCCUGUCACUCGUGGGCCCUUUAGAAACGUUAUCGCCUAUCGGCCCCUGCCCCCCAAAACGCUGAAAUUAGCGAAAAUCACAACUUGAAACCAGAUCAUUUUAAACGAGUGACUUUUACUCAAUGCACAGUUUAUCCCACCGAGUUCUUUUUCGUAGGCUGAGUGCUUGAUGUUGGCCUUUGCGUCUAUCACCACCAUACCAGCCACAAAGAGCUGCUUAUUGAUAACCGAUAACCACACAGUGCCUCCGAGUGCUACUGACGAAAGACUGCAGUUUUUACUGGCGCAAAGUCCACGAACACUGUGCAGUAUGAGCAUACUGUGAAAAAUACCCGAUGCUGCAAUUUUGAUCAUGUCUACUGUAUUUUGAGCCAAAUUUCUCCGCGUGCGUAUAAGAGAAACCCCCUGAUUCAUACAGCUGCUGAUGGAGAGCAGAGAACCACAACUGUACCGUAAAGGAGGUGUGGGCGGAGCCAAACACUCCCCGCCCACUCGGCAAAAUGGCAGCCAGCAUGAAGAACGUGGAAGAAAUUCGGAAUCGAGUAAUAUUGGGAGAAUUUGGUGUGACGAAUGUUCAUACUACGGAUUUCCCAGGAAACUACCCCGGAUAUGACGACACUUGGAACGUGGAGAAAUUUCAAAAGAACUUCAGAAUCGAUGUCGUGCAUCUGGAUGAAAACAGUAUGGAGUUUGACAUGGUGGGGAUUGAUGCAGCCAUUGCCAAUGCUUUCAGAAGGAUCUUACUGGCAGAGGUGCCUACUAUGGCUAUGGAAAAGGUGUUCAUCUAUAGUAAUACCUCCAUUGUCCAAGAUGAAGUCCUGGCCCACAGAUUAGGCCUCAUCCCCAUCAAAGCUGACCCUCGUCUGUUUGAGUACAGAAACACUGGGGAGGAGUCUGCAGAGGAAGAGGGUUCAGAAAUAGACACAAUUCAACUGCAGCUGAAGAUAAAGUGCAGCAGGAAUCCCAGAGCAAGCAAAGACUCAUCAGACCCACGAGAGCUGUACUUGAACCACAUGGUUUAUUCCAAGGACAUAAAGUGGGUCCCCAUUGGGAACCAGGCAGAUGUGUUUGCAGACUGCUGUAUUGGGCCUGUGCAUGAUGACAUUCUGAUAGCUCAACUACGACCGGGACAAGAGCUGGACAUUGUCAUGCACUGUGUCAAAGGCAUUGGCAAGGACCAUGCCAAGUUCUCCCCAGUGGCCACAGCCAGUUACCGCCUCCUCCCAGAGAUCACGCUCCUGGAGGUGGUGGAGGGAGAGAAGGCGGAGCGAUUAAAACAGUGCUUCUCACGAGGAGUUAUAGACCUGGAAGAUAUUAACGGGACAAAGGUUGCCAAAGUUGUGAACAGUCGCCUGGAUACGUGCAGCCGGGAAGUCCUCCGACACAGUGACCUGAAGAAUGUGGUGAAGCUUGGACGAGUGCGAGACCAUUUCAUCUUUACAGUGGAAUCCACCGGGAUCCUGCCUCCAGACGUCUUAGUCACAGAGGCGAUUAAGGUCCUCAUGGCUAAAUGUCAGAGGUUUCUCAAUGAACUGGACUCGACUAUUAUGGAAUGAAAGGAUGACUGAGCAGCCCGUCAGACCUCGGAUGGUUCUUACUAUGCUGUCAGUGGAAUGACUGUGUACAAAUAUUCUAUACUGAUAAAGGCUACAUAGACAUUUCAAAGUGCAGGUGUUUUGUUGGUAUCAUCUGAGUAUGUAUAUACAGCUUUGUCUGGUAUUUUGUAUACUUUUCAUUAAACGAAUGUUGAAUUGAAGACAAA